AUGUCGGCUGCUAUGAGGCGAACGCCUGGUCCAACAGACACAAUGAGGAGUAAGAAAGUGGGUUCUUUUCGGCAGUCUAAUGAUUCCAUAGUUGACAAGUUGACCGGAACUUUGACCCGAAAAAAGAAAUCACAUGAGAAUCCAGAACCGAACGAAGAGGAUGAAGCUCUUGAGAUUGAGAUCGAAGGUAAAGAAUCUAUUGAUGCGUGUUUGGUUCCAGCGCUGGCUAAAAACUUAACACUUGACGAAGGGGAAAUACGGCGUUACUUGACUAAGGAGUCAAGCGAGGACCGCAAAGUUCGCGAACUAAUCUCUUUACUCAUCUACUGGAUCAACGAUGAGCUAGCUGAACAGCGAAUUGUGGUG